GUGAAGUCCGUGUCGUGGGCAGCUGCUGUGUGGUGAAGUCCGUGUCGUGGGCAGCUGCUGUGUGGUGAAGUCCGUGUCGUGGGCAGCUGCAAGUCUUCAGAGAUGUCAUCACUACCAGCAACACGCCAAAAUGUCUGCAAAGAUAAAAGUUGUUGGAACUGCAAGAGCUGGAGGUGUUGAUGGUGUGGUGGAUGGCAGAGGAGUGACUAGUGGCGCCACUAUUCUUGACCUCCAUGGCUAAAUGGCUCCGUUGACCUGGAGGAGAUUGUGGCUUCAAGGAAGCCUGCAGAAACUUCAGGUUUUAAAUCUACAAGGUUGUGAGAUGAUUGAUGAUCUUGCCUUAGAGUACUUGGCACAGUGUGCUAGAUCAGCUCAGUGCCCUGAGGGUAAUGUAUUAAAUUUUCCACACAGUAACUUCAGUGAGUGUCUUGAAGUGCCUGAAGAAAUAAAUUAUGAUGAUGGAUAUGGUAAGGAAGUGUGGACAGUGAUGGGGGACCAGGAAGUGUACCGGUUUUGUAAGUAUUAUAAUUGUUGGUGUAGGCACGUGGACAGUCUCCCACUGUCUAAUGUAGAGUCUGACCUCUUAUGGAAUAACAGCUACUCUACAGGUAAUCCAUGUGAAAAUAACCUUUACUCUGUAGAUACUCCAUGCCAAAAUUCAAAGGAGCAGAUUAAUGUUAAUAGAGUUAAAGGAGUAAAUUCAAAGCAUCUUACUAAAGACUAUUCUCAGAGCAGUGACUACUCUCUAAGUUCACAAACAACAACAAAGUCUAAUUUUCCAUAUCCUCAGUUGGAGAGGGAUAUCGAGGAGAUCUGUAGCUAUCCUAAGAAUUCUGCGUCUUUGGGUGUUGACCAUCAGGGAUUGUGGCUUCAAGGAGGAAGUCCUGCAGAAACUUUCAGGAUUUUAAAUUUCAAGGUUGCUGAGAUGAAUGUGAUAUUGCCUUAG